GUGGGCAUCUUCCCCGCCUCGCCAUUGUUCGUGUCGGGCUCCUAGCAACGCCGCGCCGGCAGGCACCUCCAAAGUUUGUCUUGAAGCAUAGCUGCAGUUGGAGGGUACCUUUUAAGCUGUUCAAGGUCAAGAUGAAUACAAACUCAAAGGAGGUUUUAUCCCUGGGUGUUCAAGUUCCCCAGGCAUGGGAAGAACUUCUGACAAUGAAAGUGGAAGCAAAAAGUCACCUCCAAAGGCAGGAAUCCAGAAUGAAACGCAGUAAUCCACUGGCAAGGGAAAUCUUCCGAAGGCACUUUCGACAGCUGUGCUACCAAGAGACCCCUGGACCAAGGGAGGCUCUUACCCGACUCCAGGAACUUUGCUACCAGUGGUUGAGGCCACAUGUGAGCACAAAGGAGCACAUUUUGGAUCUGCUGGUGCUGGAGCAGUUUCUGUCCAUCCUGCCCAAGGAGCUCCAGGGCUGGGUGAGGGAACACUGUCCAGAGAGUGGAGAAGAGGCUGUGAUUUUGCUGGAGGAUCUGGAGAGAGAGCUCGAUGAACCACAACAUGAGAUGGUAGCCCACAGACACAGACAAGAAGUCCUCUCUAAAGAGAUGGUGCCUCUAGCAGAGCAGACACCAUUGAGCCUUCAGUCCCAGCCCACACAUGACUCUGCUCAGAAGUGCCAUUCUAUUGGAGAGACAGAUGAAAUAACCAAGACUGAGGACAGAGAGUUGGUGCUAAGGAAAGACUGUCCUAAGAUAGUGGAACCACAUGAGAAAAUGUUUAAUGAGCAGACCUGGGAGGUAUCACAGCAGGAUCCCCCACAUGGAGAAGUUGGUGAACAUAUGGAUAGGAUAGAGAGGCAGUGGGGAAACCUCUUAGGAGAGGGGCAACACAAAUGUGAUGAAUGUGGGAAGAGCUUUACUCAGAGCUCAGGUCUCAUUCGACAUCAAAGAAUUCACACUGGAGAAAGACCUUAUGAAUGUAAUGAGUGUGGAAAAGCCUUCAGUCGAAGUUCUGGUCUUUUUAAUCACCAAGGAAUCCACAAUAUACAGAAACGGUAUCACUGUAAGGAGUGUGGGAAGGCCUUCAGUCAGAGUGCGGGUCUUAUCCAGCAUCAGAGAAUCCACAAAGGAGAAAAGCCGUAUCAGUGCAGCCAGUGCAGUAAGAGCUACAGUCGUCGUUCAUUUCUCAUUGAACAUCAGAGAAGCCACACAGGGGAGCGACCUCACCAGUGCAUUGAAUGUGGGAAAAGCUUUAAUCGACACUGCAACCUCAUUCGCCAUCAGAAGAUCCACACACUGGCUGAGCUGGUCUAGGGCUUGCUAUGAGCAAGUUUUCCAGAUCACCAGCCAAGUCAUGUGGGGUAGCUUGAGGUUAGAAAAUGCCUCUCUCUCUUCCUUUCUCCACUAAGUGUGUUUGAAACAAAUAAUGACUUACAGCCCAGGGACUUCCUAAAAGGAAAGUUGGGUGUUUGAAGCUACUGUUUUCCCUUCUGUUCGUUUUACCUCUUUCUUAUUCUUACUAACUGUGUCCCUCUUAUUCAUUAUUAUUUAUUAUUAUUAUUAUUAUUAUUUUUUGAGAUGGCUGCUAAACCCUUCUAAUAAUAUAAUAAAUGGCACUGCCAGAGCCAGCAUGCCUGAAA